GGCUUCUACAGGCUCUCAAACGACGUCAACGCGAUCGUCUCAAGGCUUGCCCUAUUGCUUGUCACGAAAUGCUUUGUACAAUGGACCCUUUCUCGUCAUAGACGGUCCAUGCAACCUCCCUCGAUCGAAGCAUUUUGAAAUCCUGAGAUGAUUAGUACAAGUCAGACUAUGGCCAGCAACACCGACACAUCCAGACACCUCGACUUCUGGGUGAACACGGUCACGUUUUCAGUGGAAAAUUGUCUGUUUAGAGUUCCGAGGGAGCCGUUCCAGCGAGAGUCCAAAUUCUUUUGUGACAAGUUUUCCUCGCUGCACGGUGACGGUGGUGAGGUGGAAGGGUUGAGCGAUGAAAAAUCCAUCCAACUUGAAGGCGUGGAGAAGAGCGAUUUCGAACAGCUCUUGAAAGUACUCUUCCAUAGUCAAGCACAUACUUUGUUGCCAGACUUAUCGCUUAGCACAGAUCAGUGGAAAUCCGUCCUUAGCUUGUCGACUGCAUGGAGUUUUCAGGAGCCUCGCCAAGCUGCCAUAGACGCACUGACGAAAGAAGCUAGUGCAGUGGAUCGGGUUGUCCUUUCCAAAAAGUAUAAAAUUGAGGAAUGGUUCUUGCCUGCCCUUAACGAGUUGGUCAAAAGACGUAAACCAAUAACUAUGGAAGAAGCGGUCCAAAUGGGCUUGGAAAUCGGCUUCAAGCUUGCCUGUAUUCGGGAGAGUGUUGCAAUGCGAAAGGUCAACUCAGGCCGAGGGAAGAGGGCUGGGAAUAGGCUUGAAGUUAAUCAAGAAGAUAUCGACUUCUCUGAUCAAAUACGUGUUGCCUUUGGUCGUCCAUAGAACAGACGCCCUUGAACUCGUCGCAUCCACCCCCCUAACUGUACCGAUGUACCUAGUUGGCACUAACUCGAAAUGCAUGUACGUCUGAAUCUCAGUAGUCAACGGGCGCGCUGAGGUGAAAACAAAAAUGCGAGUUACGUCGGAGGUCUAGCGUUUAACCGUUAAGCCAAAAGGUGUGCACAGUACCGAAGAUCUGCUCUUCAGGUCCCUUUGGCGAGACCAUAUACUGCUUGCCGUCGCACGAAGAAUCAACGAGGUUUCGGCGAGAAAUCAUCACGAAAGUUGUGUGCUAAGAGCUUUCGAAUCAAAUUCUGGGCGAAACAAUGAGAUUGGAUGAAAACCGCGGAAUU